AUGCUCGUAUCUCCCGGGAUGUCCCACCAGUCUCAUGCUUCAAGUCUCAAGAAUGGCAGACCCUCCAGCAAAAGCAUUGGUGAACACGCUGUGGCGCCCAGUGGUCGUCGAGGGACGGACACUCUCGAACGAAGGAUUGCACCCGGAGCGGCAUACAAUUCGGGACGAAAGUUUGACGACCCUAAAUGCCAGCCACGGACACGAAGCUCCAUUUUAUCGAUGAUAACGAGUUGGCUAGAUGAUGUGAGGAGGGAUUAUGGGAUGCUAUGGGUGUAUGGACCAAGUGGCGCAGGGAAGUCUUCUAUCGCUCAAGCUAUCUGUCAAUUCUGUGAUGAACGUGGGCUGCUGGCGGCUUCGUUCUUUUUUGCAAAGGGCAUCGCAGGUCUGAACACAGAAAAACAUUUCAUGGCGACUCUUGCACACCAAAUAUCCAUCUCCAUUCCCGAAACACGGCGAUAUAUUGCCCAAGCGGUUGAAAGCGACCCAUCCGUCUUCGCCGGCUCCCUCGAAACUCAACUCCAAUCACUUAUUGUGAAUCCAUUAUUGCAGGCCUAUAACGCUCUCGGGGAUAAGCGAAUGUCUAAGAAAUGGGCGCGUCUCGUGGUAAUUGACGGGCUUGAUGAAUGUCAGGGCGCAAACGUUCAGCGCUACAUUGUCCGAAUACUGUCAACUGCGCUCAUCCAUAAGCGUGUUCCAUUGUUUAUUCUCAUCUCAAGUCGACCCGAACCACCUAUUCGUGACUCGUUCAACUCUUAUGAUCUUCGUGACAUUAUCUAUACUAUUGUGCUUGACGACAACUACCUCACGGAUGCCGAGAUCAAGCGAUUUUUCUGGGCGAGAUUCGAUAACAUCAAGCAGACGCAUCCCCUACGAACAUAUAUUCCUCCCCAAUGGCCUACUCCUCAAACUAUUCAGAUGUUGACUCAGCGUGCAGCUGGUCAGUAUACAUAUGCUUCAGCAGUUAUCAGAUAUGUCGAUUCUGCCCAACAUAGACCCGUGGAACGUUUAGAUUCGGUUUUACGAAUCUCGAAUCCAAUGGUCGAUAUCCCUUUUACAGAGCUCGAUUGCCUAUAUCGGCAUAUUUUGAGCUCUGCUCAUAACAUCAAAGGUGUGCUUCGUAUCCUGGGCGCCAUCUUAUUUUCGCAGAGGCCAUUUUCGAAGAAACGAUCACCCACCGAACCCGAGCUCCCGAUUCCGGUCACAGACCCGCGUUUUAUGGAAGAGUUACUAUCUUUGAACCGUGGAGACGUUUCGUUCAUUCUUGCUGACCUGCAUUCUAUUCUUGAAGUCCCUGAUUCGAGACGUAACUCGACCGCUGCGCCCAGCAGCAAGUCAGGCGAGACUGGCAUCCAAAUCAUCCACCACUCUCUCGUCGACUUUUUGACAGACAGAACUAGAGCCGGCAGAUAUUUCAUCAAUAACGUCAAGGUGCACGCUGAACUCGCGCGAUCCUGUGCACGUAAUCUACUUUCAGGUCACAAAUUUGUCCAUCAGUACGCGGGGCAAGCGCUUGUUACCCAUUGCAGACAUUCGGUUUUGACGCACGAACUACUGACGGAUUUGCUCAAUUUGGAUAUAUCGAUAUGGCUGACGACAUGCAAGACUUGGAGUGACGGAGGGGGACCAUUCGACCAAGCAUGGUCUGAACUCCCCUUGCUGUUUAACUGGUUCCGUUCACUCACUUACCCUGAUCCCUCCAAAGAUUUACAUGACCGUCACCUACGUUCGUGGGACCAAUAUCUACAUAACGAGCUAUCAACAUAUUUUGCGGAUGAGAGCCUCACCGAUUUGUUGACGUUCGUCACUUAUCCUAAUCUUCUUUGGGAUUGGCUCCACAUGUGGCCUCUGUUGGGUGUCCCACCACCUGAAAGCCUCGAAAAGGAGGCGAUUGACAAACGAAGUCUUCAUUUGAUGGGUCUUAAGCAAGUCUUUGACCCCUAUCGACAUAUGCUCUCACAGUUCCUCACGGACAAGGAUCGAGCAGGCCGGCAGGUGAUCACGCGCGCACAUUAUACCCGGGUCGCUCUGCGCCUGGCCAAGUAUCUCUUUGAGCCUAAAACUCCUGGUAAGCUCUACGCGUAUGCAUUACCACCUGAAUGGACGUGGUACCGACAGGGGCACGAUGACAAAAUCUUCCGCGAGAAGAAAACCAAAGACACGUUCCAGGCAGGACUGCAGUACCUUCCCUUCUACCUCGAACAGGCCGAGGCCGAUGUGGAACUUAUUGAUUACCUGAAGAAAAAUAAACUGGAUCCAAUACGUGCCCAGGAGUUGCCAAUGUUGGCGUGGGCGGAGGACAAGACGAAACUGGAGCAGACCGUCGCCGAUUACCUGAAGCGCUAUAGCGAAAGGAAUGGGUGGACAGGAGAACCUUCGUAG